AAAAGCAAGCGCUAAGUGAAGAGCUAAGAAGCGACAAAUUUUCCAAGUGAUAAUUUUCCCAAAGCAAUUUUCAAGUGAUUUGUUCGUGUGUGCAUUAAUUUAAGCAAGAUGCCGGAAGAAAACCAAAAUGGAGAUGUGGAAACCUUCGCCUUCCAGGCGGAAAUCGCCCAGUUGAUGAGUCUGAUCAUCAACACCUUCUACUCGAACAAGGAAAUUUUCCUUCGGGAGUUGAUUUCCAAUUCGUCAGAUGCGUUGGAUAAAAUCCGUUACGAGUCCUUGACCAACCCUUCCAGACUCGAUUCAGGCAAAGAACUCUACAUCAAGAUCAUCCCUAACAAGAAUGACGGGACCUUGACCAUUAUUGACACCGGGAUCGGGAUGACUAAAGCCGAUUUGGUCAAUAACUUGGGCACCAUCGCCAAGUCCGGCACCAAAGCCUUCAUGGAGGCCCUCCAAGCUGGGGCUGACAUCAGCAUGAUCGGUCAAUUCGGUGUUGGUUUCUACUCGGCUUACUUGGUAGCAGACAAGGUCACAGUCGUUUCGAAGAAUAACGAUGAUGAGCAAUACGUUUGGGAGUCGUCAGCUGGUGGUAGCUUCACUGUAACACAAGACCGUGGCGAGCCUUUGGGCCGUGGCACCAAGAUUGUCCUUCACAUGAAAGAGGACCAAACCGAAUUUUUGGAAGAACACAAAAUUAAAGAAAUUGUAAAGAAACACUCGCAGUUCAUUGGCUAUCCCAUCAAAUUGGUCGUGGAGAAGGAACGCGAGAAGGAGUUGAGCGACGAUGAGGCCGAAGAAGAGAAGAAGGAGGAAGAAGGCGAAGACAAGGAUAAAGAUAAGCCAAAGAUUGAGGAUGUAGGCGAGGACGAAGAUGAAGACACGAAGAAGGAAGAUAAGAAAAAGAAGAAGACUAUUAAGGAGAAAUACACAGAAGAUGAAGAAUUGAACAAAACCAAGCCGAUUUGGACAAGAAACGCUGACGAUAUCAGUCAGGAAGAAUACGGAGAGUUUUACAAAUCGUUGACUAAUGAUUGGGAGGACCAUUUGGCCGUCAAACACUUUAGUGUUGAGGGUCAAUUGGAGUUCCGUGCCCUCCUCUUUGUCCCACGUCGCGUUCCAUUCGAUCUUUUCGAAAAUAAGAAGCGCAAGAAUAAUAUUAAAUUAUACGUGAGGAGGGUUUUCAUUAUGGACAACUGCGAAGAACUCAUCCCCGAAUAUUUGAACUUUAUCAAGGGUGUCGUCGAUUCGGAAGACUUGCCUUUGAACAUUUCCCGUGAGAUGUUGCAACAAAAUAAGAUCUUGAAGGUCAUUCGUAAGAAUUUGGUCAAGAAAUGCCUAGAGUUGUUCGAGGAGUUGGCCGAGGAUAAGGACGGCUACAAGAAAUUCUACGAACAGUUCUCGAAGAAUAUUAAAUUGGGUAUUCAUGAAGACUCGCAAAACCGGGCCAAAUUGUCCGAAUUGCUCCGUUAUCACACUUCUGCAAGUGGCGAUGAGGCUUGCUCUUUGAAGGACUACGUGAGCCGCAUCAAGCCUAACCAGAAACACAUUUAUUACAUUACUGGCGAAAGCAAGGAGCAAGUGGCGAAUUCGUCGUUCGUUGAGAGGGUCAAGAAGCGCGGUUUCGAGGUCGUUUACAUGACUGAGCCCAUUGAUGAAUACGUCGUACAACAAAUGAAAGAAUUCGACGGCAAAACUCUCGUUUCGGUCACAAAGGAAGGUCUCGAAUUGCCUGAAGACGAAGAAGAGAAGAAGAAGCGCGAAGAAGACAAAGCCAAAUUUGAAGGACUUUGCAAGGUUAUGAAGAGUAUCCUCGAUAAUAAGGUUGAGAAGGUCGUGGUAUCGAACCGUCUAGUCGAAUCUCCCUGCUGUAUUGUUACGUCGCAGUAUGGCUGGACCGCCAACAUGGAACGUAUCAUGAAAGCCCAAGCUUUGAGAGACACCUCCACUAUGGGCUACAUGGCGGCCAAGAAACACCUCGAAAUCAACCCCGACCAUUCAAUCAUCGAGAAUUUGAGGCAGAAGGCUGAGGCUGAUAAGAAUGACAAGGCUGUUAAAGACUUGGUUAUUCUUUUGUUUGAAACCGCUUUACUCAGCUCUGGGUUCACCUUGGAUGAGCCUCAAGUCCACGCAUCCAGGAUCUACAGGAUGAUCAAGCUGGGUCUGGGUAUUGAUGAGGAGGAAGCCAUGAUCACCGAAGAUGCACAAGGAGGCGAUGCACCCUCUGCUGAUGCCGCCGAGUCCGAGGACGCGUCGAGGAUGGAGGAAGUUGAUUAAGUGUUCGAAUGUUAGGACAUGUGUUCUAGUAUGUUCUAAUUGUCAUUCCUAGUGUUUUUUUAUAUUUCUUAAUUAUUUUUAUAAAAAAUGAAGUAUUAUUUUGGCGGCCUACCGCCGCCGUGUUAACACCUGUAAAAGUCUGAGUUCGUUUUUUGUGAAUAAAAUUGAUUUAAUUAA